ACGUCUCCCCCUUCCCUAAAGGGGAGGAGCCAAACGGUUCCUCCCCCCUUCCCCGCGUCCUGUCCUCCCCCGAGCGCGAGAGGCUUCCGCGGCCGCGGCGGCUGUUGUUAUUGUCGCGCCCGCGCCCUCGCUCCCAGCCCCCGGCCUCUAGGCGGGCGAUGGUGCCGCGGCGCCGGCGGAUCUGGGCGGCGGGGCGGAGGGCAUGAAGGAGGAUGGAAGCGGAGGACGAGGUGUCCCUCCGGGAGCAGCAUUUCCACAGCCAAGUGCGGGAGUCCACGAUAUGCUUUCUUCUGUUUGCUGUUCUCUACAUUGUUUCAUACUUCAUCAUCACAAGGUACAAGAGGAAAUCAGAUGAACAGGAAGAUGAAGAUGCCAUAGUCAACAGAAUUUCGCUGUUUUUGAGCACCUUCACGUUAGCCGUUUCAGCUGGUGCUGUUUUGCUUCUUCCUUUCUCAAUAAUCAGCAAUGAAAUCCUCCUUUCUUUUCCACAAAACUACUAUAUUCAAUGGUUAAAUGGCUCCUUGAUUCAUGGUUUGUGGAAUCUUGCCUCUCUCUUUUCCAACCUUUGUUUGUUUGUGUUGAUGCCUUUUGCCUUUUUCUUUCUGGAAUCAGAGGGUUUUGCUGGGCUGAAGAAGGGAAUCAGAGCACGGAUUUUGGAAACUGUUGUUAUGCUGAUUCUUCUUGCAUUGCUUAUUCUUGGAAUAGUAUGGGUAGCAUCUGCUCUCAUUGACAAUGAUGCUGCCAGUAUGGAAUCUCUGUAUGAUCUCUGGGAAUUCUACCUACCUUAUUUAUAUUCCUGUAUAUCAUUAAUGGGAUGUUUAUUACUUCUUUUAUGCACACCAGUUGGGCUUUCACGAAUGUUUACAGUCAUGGGUCAAUUGUUGGUGAAACCAACAAUUCUUGAAGACCUGGAUGAACAAAUUUACAUCAUUACACUUGAAGAAGAAGCACUUCAGAGGAAACUAAAUGGGUUAUCUUCUUCAGUGGAGUAUAAUGUAAUGGAACUGGAAAAAGAACUUGACAAUGUGAAGGCAAUGAAGUCAAAAUUAGAGAGACGAAAAAAGGCUUCAGCCUGGGAACGAAAUUUGGUGUAUCCUGCUGUCAUGGUUCUUCUUCUGAUUGAAACAUCUAUUUCAGUCCUGCUUGUUGCCUGCAACAUUCUUUGCCUCUUGGUUGAUGAAACUGCAAUGCCAAAGGGAUCAAGGGGACCCGGCAUAGGAAAUGCUUCCCUUUCUACUUUUGGUUUUGUGGGAGCAGCACUUGAAAUAAUUUUGAUUUUUUACCUUAUGGUGUCCUCUGUCGUUGGCUUCUACAGCCUCCGCUUUUUUGGGAGCUUUACUCCCAGGAAGGAUGACACAACUAUGACAAAGAUAAUUGGAAAUUGUGUUUCACUCUUGGUCUUGAGUUCUGCACUACCUGUGAUGUCAAGAACCUUGGGAAUUACUAGGUUUGAUCUUCUUGGAGAUUUUGGAAGAUUUAACUGGCUGGGGAAUUUCUACAUUGUAUUAUCCUACAAUUUGCUGUUUGCUAUUGUGACAACUUUGUGUCUAGUCAGAAAGUUCACCUCUGCUGUAAGGGAAGAACUUUUCAAGGCCUUAGGUCUUCACAAACUUCAACUCUCAAACAAUGCAAGAGACUCGGAAACAAGCAAACCUUCUGCAAAUGGGCAUCAGAAAUCACUGUGAGAGACAAUUGAUAAUCUUUUACAGUUAGAAGAACUGAAAACUCUGACCUCAUGACAUUCCUGUCACUGUCAUCAAAAUAUUUUUUGUACUAAUUUUUGGUUCAUAUUUUGAGCUCCAGCUUGUAAAUGCCAUUUUUCCACACUGUACUCAUGAGAACUUGGUUACUUCAGAUUCACCUUUUUCUAGUCUGACUUUUUGAUCUACUCUGUACUUACGUGUUAUACAGAUUCCUUGAAGACUGGAACCUCAGAAGAACUUGGAAUUCCUUUUCUGCGAGUAUGUUACAUCAAUGGAUGUAACAUCCUUAUUACCAUAUUUAGGAAAAUCCUGUCUUUGCCUAAUAUGAAAAUGUACUUUAUAACAGAUUUUGAGAUACUUAACAGAUUCAUUGAAUGUCCAUCACAAACUGGACCAAAAGUUAUAUAAACAUUAAUAGAAGGUGUUCUUGAAAGUAAAAGUGAAGAUCUUACCCAAAAUGCAGUUUUAAAUGCUCACGAAUGCCAGUUAUUGUAAUGUAAGCUACAUCAGAACUAAUGAUGAGCAUUCCAGAAUAAUAUUUGGAAAUGGCUUCUUAAAGUUUUCUCUAGGUUUAAUUUUCAAUAAUAGAAGCUUAUGUUUCUGGUAAUUAGUAGAGACUGUGUGGAUCAGCCGAUGAGCCUAAGGGACAAACUUUCUUCUUAAACCUGAGCCUUCUGUGUUUGUUAGAGAGCCACAGAAAUGUCUUAUGUUUUGCAUUAGAAUAAGCUAUAGUAAGUAGUAUGUAGUCACAUUCACUCAAUAAAACUGUGUCUGUUCUAGUCAAUAUUACCUCCUGUAAUAGUGGCCAGUGUGGGAAUUCCACUGUAAUCAUGAUUUUACCUCAUAGGCUCCAAGUACUUGUGGGUAUCUUGGUCCUUAGGUAAGGUAAAACCAUUUCCCUGUUCUUAUAUGGCCUAAAAACUGAUACAACAGAAGUACUUGGUGUAAUAAGCCUCUUAUCACUGAGGUUUUUAUCCUUAUGUUAGUAUUUCAUAUAUUAAUAACUCAAAUGUCAGGAUUAUAGAUUUAAAUCUGGCAUCUACAAUCAGUGCAUAAACAGACUUGAUGUAAGAAAAGUUUUGCAGUGCAGUGGGAUCUAAGUAAUAAUUUUUUAAAUUAUCUAUUUCUAUCAGAUGAUUUUGCUGACUGUAAUGCCAUUUGUUGAAAAAUAGAAAAUCUUACUCAACAUUAUCAUAUAUGGGUAAAAUGCCCGGAAUUCUGCAUGAAAAAAUGUAUAAUAUGGACACAUUUGCACACAAUUCAUAUAUAUGCAAUUUAUAUAUACACACCUGCACUAUGUGUAUGGGAAUAGAUUGUCUGUGUUCAGACGAGGUUACUAAAAUGAUUGUUUUUCACAUUGCUGAACUUGAGGAAGUGUAUGAGUGAGUGGUGUGUGUGUGUGUGUGUGUGUGUGUGUGUAUUUCCAUAAAACUGGAAUGUGUAUAUUUGGCAUUUAAAAUUUUUAUUUAGACCCAAUGAUAAGAAAAUGACAUUAACUUUGUAAGACUCCAGUUCCAUGCAGCCUGCUACUGCUCUGUUUUCCCUUCCCUUCAGAGAGAUCCAAAGCUUGUCAAAGACAUAAUAUAAGUUUGUUUAAAAAAAAAAAAAACCCACUGUUUCUAAACACUGAAUUUAGGACUAGUGAAAUUUCCUGAAGUGGUCUCAUUUAAAUAGAAAUAGUACCACGAAUAUUAAGUACAUAGAUUAUUAAUAAAGAUCAGCUGUCUUGCUACUGCUUUCUUAUUUCACUAUUAAUAAUAAUUUAAACAUCAGUUAUGUGCAAUGCAUUAUAUAGGAGAUUGGAUUACAGUCCCUGCCUAAAGGAUUUAUAAACUGGAUUUAAUAGAUAAGAUCAGAUUAAGACUAUAAGAGGGGAAAUAUACUCAAAAGUUUAGAUGAUUAUGUUGUGUGAUCAUUAAAAGUGUCUAUUUUAGCUUUUGCAUUGUACACUCAAGGGAAGAGUUCUGUCAAAAAAAAUGGUGAGUAAAUUAUCUUUUCAGAAAUUGUCUCUUUUUAUUAAGUUUUUGAAAUGUCUAGAGAUUUUUAAUUUCCAAAAUUGAUAUGAGGAAGAAGCAAGUAAUAUAAAGUACGCAGAGAUAAAUUUUUCUUGUUUUAAUCUUUUUUAAUGUUUCUCAGAAGUGAUGAUGGUGAUUGUGAUGAGCACAGAUCAUUAAAUGAUUCACAGCUUACUACAUAAUCACAAGAGAUUUGGAUCCUAAAAACAACCACUAUAUUUUAGAAAAUUUGUUUUUCAAAUUGCUUCUGAGACAUUUGCUUUUAAAACUCAUCUGUUUGAGCCCUUCCCUCCAUGCCACACACUUUUUUUUUUAUUUUUUUGCACUGAUCUAUGACAGGAGGGAUAAGAAAGCAUUAUGACUGAGUGUUUCCAUCAUAAUCUUCUUUUUUUCUCAGUUGUUAAAUGGAAAAGGAGAGGUAUUACUACAGAAAAGAGGCCCAGAGUUUAUAAUUACAUGUAUUUUUCAUUUCCUUUUGGAUAGGCAUUGAUAGGAGGCUAUACUAAAUCUAGUGGUUGUUUUAUCAUGCCUUCCUGUGUCCCCAUAUCUACUAAAUGGAAUGCUAAUCACUCUAGUCACAAAGGUUUCUUGGAUUAGCACACUUAAGUGGGAGAAAGACACUUUAACCUGAGAGAAGGCAGUGUAAUAUGCUAGAUCAUUAUUAAUUGGUUCUUUGCUAUUUUUAAUAAAUUGCUGAAGACAUUUGAACCAA